UUCGUUUUUCAACAGUUUCAAGCAAAUGGCGUCUCACGGGUGGAGUACGUUGCGUCAAAUUUCACAAAUGAUGAAUGAAUCUUAGAUACAUAAUGUAUUAUAACUAAAUCGACAUUCAAAAUAAUAAUCGGUAAGUGUGCUAAACGGAUUGACACACUUAUGGUCAUUCCUGCGGGUCGUGCGAUCGUAAUAUCGAGUGAAACGAGUGGUACGGGUUAUUGAUUUGUACAAAGAUUAUAAAAAGUACAAGGAUUGCGAUGAACGAAGUUAGCGGAGGAAAACAAGAGGGGUCAAGCGCUUCGGCUUGGGAAGUUUUGACAAGUCAGCCUUCGUCUCUUCUACCUGUUAUGGGUCAUCAUCAUCAUCAUCACCACCAACUUCAUCAAAACCCUCAACAGGAUGUUAAUACCUCUGUUACUCCGGUCACUCUCACACUUGCCGCUACCAAACACGUAGCCCCUUCACCUCCGGUACAAGCAGUUUCCGAUACAAUGCACCUUCAACAACCGACUCCAGCGGCGCAUUUAAUGAAUGCGGUGGCUGGAUUUCCCGAAGCAGAAUUAUCUAUGGAACUUCAGCAACAAGGAUGGAAAAAAUUUUGGAGUAAACGAGAGAAUAGACCUUAUUUUUGGAACAAAUUAACUGGAGAAUCUCUGUGGGUGAUGCCUUCUUUGAAGCCACAGUUCGAUCCCAUUACGGAUCCGCUGGGAAUCUGCGGAGCAUCUCCUGUGCCGGGUAAUGGGCCGAUACCACCUGGUACCCCGGGAGGACCUUUAAAAAGACGAGCUUCCGAAGAGGGCAAUGCCAUGCCAGUGGUGAAAAAAUUCAUUUUAGCGGGUCCGUGGGACUUGGAAAUCCCAACGAAUGUGAUAAUAUACGAGAGAGCACCAUCGAAUUUGUUGCACGUACAUCCAGACGUGGAAGCUUUACGUUGCAGUUUACUGGCAAAAUUACGUCAAUGUUAUCAAGAGUUGUGUCACACCCGAGAAGCGAUAGACGCGCCGAAGGAUUCGUUCAAUCGUUGGCUGAUGGAGCGGAAAGUGAUAGAUUGCGGUUCAGAUCCGUUAUUACCGAGUCAAUGUUUCCCGGAAAUAUCGAAAUCGAUGUACCGGGAGGUAAUGAACGACAUACCUAUAAAAUUGGUCCGCCCGAAAUUCACCGGAGACGCGCGUAAACAAUUGUCACGUUAUGCCGAAGCAGCGAAAAAAAUGAUUGAAUCAAGAUCGGCAACGGCCAACAGUCGUAAAGUCGUCAAGUGGAAUGCAGAGGAGACGUUUCAAUGGCUGAGGCGUACAGUUGGCGCGACCUUUGAUGAUUUCCAGGAUCGAUUGGCACAUUUGAAACGACAGUGUCAACCGCAUUUGACGGAAACGGUGAAGAAUAGCGUCGAAGGGAUUUGCCUAAAGAUUUAUCAUUUAUCGACCGAUUAUGCGAAAAAGGUCAAAGAGAAAAACAAUCAGAUAUUGAAGGACAAUGGUCUUGGUGAUGUUAUACCUCUUGGCGGACCUGCUAGUACACAACGCAAAGUAUGGUGUUAUCCGGUGCAAUUUUCAUUACCAGCCCCGCGGUUGCCUCACAUUGAAUAUUUGCCGGAACGUGAACAAACCAUGCUACGUUAUCACGGGGACACGAUGAGCAUCAACAACAUGCAUCUCACUAAACUUGAGCAUCUCUAUCGUUACAAUUGUUUCGAUGAUAAAAAAUUUGAAAUGUUUUUACCUCGUGUGUGGUGUAUGCUCAAACGUUAUCAAGCUUAUCUCGGCGUAAACGAGGGACAAGCCUCGCAAAUGGCUUUACCGGUAACCGUAUUCGAGUGCCUUCAUCGUUCUUUCGGGGUUACAUUUGAGUGUUUCGCUUCCCCAUUAAAUUGUUACUUCAGACAAUAUUGCUCGACCUUCGCUGACACUGAUUCGUACUUCGGCUCGAGAGGACCCUUCCUUGAUUUCAGGCCAGUCACUGGUUCCUUUCAAGCAAAUCCACCUUACUGCGAGGAGCUCAUGGAAGCGAUGGUCAAUCAUUUUGAACGCUUACUCGCCGACUCGCCCGAGCCACUUUCCUUCGUUGUUUUUCUCCCUGAAUGGCGCGAUCCCGCGCCCAAUGCCCUCAUCAAACUCGAGGGUAGUCACUUCAAACGUAAGCAGGUUGUCGUACCCGCCAUGGAGCACGAAUACAGACACGGCUUUCAGCACAUUAUGUCAAAAGGAGACGUUAAUAUCAGAGCAGCCCACGGAACUUUGGUCGUUUGGUUACAAAAUGCGGCUGGAGCUGCGCGUUGGGGACCGACCGACGAGCGCGUUGAAUCCCUUCUCGAAGCUUGGCGACCUGGACGAGAAAGGGAACGAGACAGGCAAGAGUUGCUGUCCCCACCGAGGCAAAUUCAACAACCAAUUCCUUCGGCGCCGAUACCCGCAGCGGUGACACCAGCGACACCAGUAACGAGUCCAGCGACGACCGUUCCGCCUCCUCUCAUGUCGGUCCCCGUAGCACAUCCUAUCUGAGUCGCGUAUUUUUUUCAACCUCGCGCAGUGAGGAGUACGAGAGAAUUCAUUUUCAUCUCCUAUUUUUGUUCACUUUCUCCAACGAUAUUUUUUUCACACGUUUCUUUGUUAAUAACGAAUCGUUACAUAAGAAAGGUCUAAUUAGGGUAAACAUUUGUUGAAUGUAACUGAUAUCUAUGUCAUUUUCUUGUGCCUUUUUAUCUUCCCCCUGUCGCGGCUUUAUCCAUAUGUUUUAGUUCGCUUUUAGAUAUGUUACGAAAGGGAUUUCCAAUAGGUGACUUAUUCUAUAAGAAGACGGAUCUUCCCGUGCUCCUCGAACCUCGCAGUUUUAGAGAACUAUCGCGAAAUUUGUUUGUUUGUUUUUUCUGAAGGCGAAAAAAUGGCCGUAAUUCGUGCGGAAAAAAAUUCAAAUAUUUCGCAGAGCAUCACAGUAAUGAGUAGUAAAGAGACAAAAAGAUAUAUAAUGUAUGUAUCUAUUAUAUAGGUAUAAAAGAAAUCUAUACAUGAAAAAUCCGUAGGGUCAAUUCAGUCCGAUCGUUCGAACUUUGUUAAUUGUUGAAGAUGGAAAUGUAUCAACGACUAGAAAGAAAUCUGCGGAUUAUUAAAUAAUAAUUGGACAUAUACUUGCCAUGCAAGCUGAGAAUAUGAGAGUGUAGCGGUUUUUCUUUUGAAUUGAACAAAUUGAAUUUCAACGAAACAACAAUUUUAUAUAUAUAUCGCCAAACUUCUAUUGAUCAAUGUAAAAUCUUUGUUUCGAGACAAAUGACGUGUAAUUAAAUUAACCCUCAUCAUACACACUAGGUAUUUUUAAAGUUUCAUCAAAAUCAGGUUUAAUCGCUGUAUCGAUUAUGAUCAUACGAUGACGAAUCCAUUUUCCUUCAUAAAUUCAAGGCAUGGUGAACUUGAUUAUGAGAGUUGAUUGAUUUUGGCUGGAAUAGUUCACAAUCUGAGAUCAUGUAUGAUCCUAAUGUGUACUGUAAGGGUUAAUUAUUUCGUUAACACAUAGAGUAUAUUUUAAGCAUCUAUUGGCGGAAAUCAUGCGUCUUAUCGACCGUAGUCACUGACACAAUUUCGUACUACUAUUAUUAAUAUUAUCGAACACGUAGCAAACAAAAUUAAAUAACAUUAUUUUGCGCUAAAAAGAUAGAUAAUUGUAAUUAUGAGAACAGACAAAUCGAAGCGAAAGUUACAUAUAUUUUUUUAAUUGAGAAGAAAUUGUUGAACCGUGUGAAGCUUUUCGCUAAUUCACUUAUUGUUUUUCUAAUUAUUUCAAUGUAUCGUUCUAUAUAUCCUGCGACACACUCGAUUCCGUAAAUAUCUACACCAGGGAAAAUUGCAAUUCGAAUGAUAAAUCAUCGAGGAUUCCUUCAUUUUUCACCCCAUUUCUCUCUUCGCACAAAAAUCAUUAAUGGGAGAAAUUUUUAUUUUCUAUUCUUUCCGGUGAAGUAAUAUUGAUCCUUGGUACCCAACGCACACAUACUUGUUUUUCAUAUAAAAAACAUAAAGCUCAAAGUAAAACUUAUGAGAAUAAAAGCUAUUAUCAUUAGGGGCUUCUGUACCAAGCUAGUGAAACAACAAGACACAAUAAUUCGACAAAUUUGAUUUAUCAAAAGUCCAGGAGGAAAGAAGAAAACGAAAAAAAUAACACGCAUAUCGUUGAAUAUAUUUAUGUGACCAAAGUUCAAAAAUUAUGCUUCAGAGCGGAAAUUCUCGUUGAUCUGACUAAAAAAAAAACAAAAAGAAAUACUUAUGUGUAUAUAUUAUAGAAAUCAGGUAAUUUGAUCAUUAUUUCUGGAUAGUAAAUGGAACGUAUUAUUUUCACGUUCCGGAUGUCAAAUAAGAAAAGAUAUGACAAAUACGCUUUCGUUGUUUGUGACUAAAACAUGCAUCGAUUGAAAAAUUUUAUCUCCCAACCGACGACCAUACUUGUCGUAUAGAUUUUGUACAUUUUUAUUAAGAUUAUAAUGUAAAUACUAUACAACAUAUAUAUAAUGAUUCUCGUAUAUAUAUACGGCUAUUUAUGCUUAAUCAAUUGAUAGUACGUAAAACAAUACACGGAUUCAUAACUAUGUUUGAGAAAGGGCAAAUAACCGUUGGUUGUUUUAUAUGAAAAGAAGUUGAAUAAAUUGUAAGUUUUACGAUA